CUGUGUAUUUUGUCCCUAAGCGUCCCGUACCUCCAAAUCACGUGUUGCAAGUACUCUUCUGACAUUGAAGUGGAGCAUCGCAUCGCAUUAUUACAUCAGAGGUUGGUCGCCAUGGUGUUUGGGAAGCGGAUCGCUGACGUGGGGUACCGCGUGUUCUCGGGCACCAUGAUGCUGCUCACGGUCUAUGGCGGGUUCCUGUGCACCAUGCGAGGCUAUCGUUACUACCAGCGGCAGAAACUACUACGGGAAGCUGCAGAGAACCAAUCAGAGAUCCUCAAGGACUGACACGCCCCCGGACUGUGCCACCCUUAUACACACACUGCAUACUGUAUAUUUCAUUUGCUCUGGAAGGAUGCAACACUAAUACAACCGUGCCAAGAGAUUUGUAAAAUAUGUAUUGCCAGAGGGAUUUACAAUACAGCACUGCAAGCUCCAAAAUAAGAUUGCAUCCAAGAUAAAGGGACUGUUGAUAUGUUUGCAGGCUCCAAGCAUUUGGCCUUUUACAGUAAUGUGCCUCGAUACUGAUUUUGCAUGGCAUCCCUGUGCUUUGUGUGUGUCAUGCACCUUUUGUGUGUUACUGGGUUCAAAGAAUGUAAACUGAAAUGAUUAAAUGUGUUUUUUUUUCCAUGCA